AUGGCAUCAAGAUCUCCUCCUCCCUCCGAUGUCGAUCCGUCUGACUCUAAUCAGAUGUUGAAUGCUGUGCUUCAGGCGUUGCAACAACAAAAUGUUACACUAGUUCAGCAGAAUUCCAUAGCCUUGCAGAAUCUGGAAGCUGCAAGAGUGUCUGCUGAGAACGCCAGAGCGUCGGCCGAUACCACCCAAAGGCAGUUCUUGGAUGUGAUGACUAGUGGCAGGAUUCCCACCGGUCCUUCUUUUUCGGCUGCUCCAACUCAAGAAUGGAGUUUGGAAAAUUUCUUGCAGCAUCAUCCCGCCAAGUUUGAUGGCAAGUGCUCACCAGAUGAAGCCGAUCAGUGGCUUCGUGAUAUGGAGAGAGUCUACAACGCCAAGAGGUGUCCUGAUGAAAACAGGUUGUCCUAUACUGAGUAUCUAUUGACUGGAGGGGCAAGCCACUGGUGGAGCAGUGCACGGAUGAUCUUAGAGGGAACUGGAACCCCUAUCACAUGGGACUUAUUUAAGAAGAAGUUCUAUAAGGAAUACUUCCCUGACACUCUUAGAUAUGCUAAGGAAGUGGAGUUUUUGGAGCUAGUGCAGGGAAAUAUGUCGUGGAUGAAGAGUGGCAAUGUCGCAAGUUUUGAAAACGGGUUGCGCGGUGACAUCAAGCUCCUGGUGAGAGGUCACCGUCUGAGGGAGUUUCCAGCUCUUGUGGAGAUGGCUAGGGAUAUGGAGAAGACGAAGAGAGAAGCUGAGGGAUACCCGAGUCGUCAGGUCCAGCCACUGAGGGUUGGGGGACCAGCCAUGUCUAGAGGCGGGUCCAGUUUCAGGAUGACACCAUACUCCAGAUCUUCUUCUUCUCGUAGUUCCGGAAGAUCUUCUCAGCCUUCUGUACAGCCAAGCCAGUCGUCAUCUUUGAGUAACGUGAGAUGCUAUGAAUGUGGCGGUCCGCACUACUUGUCUUCAUGUCCCCAUAGGACUAAUUUUCGGAGGUGCAACCGAUGCCACAAGGAGGGCCACUAUGAACGUGAUUGCCCUAUGGGUAGGAGAGCUACUUCCCAGCCGCAGCAUGCAGGGAGAUUUCAGCACAGAGGUGGCAUCAGACCUCAGGCCACUGGACGCGUCUAUGCACUGACAGGGACAGAAGCAGCUAACUCAGUGAGAGAGUUACAGUAUGACUUGACUGUAUCUACUCCUACUUCUGGGAUAGUGAAGACAUCUACAGUUUGUGUUAGAUGUUCAGUAGUGGUUGAGGGGCGUCAGUACAAGGUAAACUUGAUCUGUUUACCUUUGCAAGGUUUGGAUGUCAUCCUAGGGAUGGAUUGGCUGUCUGUUAAUCGUAUUCUCCUUGAUUGUGGAGAGAAAAAGCUAGUAUUUCCCAAUGAGGAGGAUUACACACCUCUGACUCCUGGUGUGUUGAGACAAGACCUAAUAGAAGGUGCAUGUUGUUUCCUGAUACUAUCACACAUGGAAGUUAAGCAAGGAGAUUCGAGCGUAGACCUCUCGGUAGUCAGUGAAUUUCUAGAUGUAUUUCCUGAGGAGAUUCCUGGCUUACCUCCUCCAAGAGAGGUAGAGUUUUCUAUUGACCUUGUAUCUGGAGCAGGGCCUAUCUCUAUAGCCCCAUAUCGCAUGGCGCCAGCCGAAUUGGCCGAAUUGAAAAAGCAGAUUGAAGAGUUGUUGGAGAAGCAGUUCAUCCGGCCUAGUGUUUAUAAAGUAACAAGUCGGGGUAUAAAGUAA